AUGUUGAUUGAAGCUGGAACAGCGGGUGGAGAUGCACUGGCGAGCGCUAGGCGGAAGGGGAGGGAAGACACACUCAGGUUGACCGCGGUCGUCGAGCAGCGACGAGCAUUCCGUGCGACUCACGAAGGCGGCGCUGGUAGUGCAACAAUGACAGGCCCUCGGCACAAGACGCCGUCGCGCCUGUUCCGCGCGCUAAUUAAGAAUAAUAGGUGGAACGACAACCUCGACGAAGACAAAAUCUAUACAUCCGCCACAUCCACAACCGAGCCUUACGUCACUCUCGAUGACAAUGACAACGACAAUGACGAAAGAUGCCCGGCUGAUCAUACUGUGAUAAAAUCUGAGGUGGAUGGAUCAAUGUUACUAGAUUCUUCAGAUGGUGGUAGUGCCAGAGAGAGACGUUCGGAAAGGCUGGAGGGCACGGUGGCACCAUUUGUGCGCACGUCGGAAUUACAGGCGCCCAUGAAUGACUUGCAGUCGUAUCAGAUGAAACAACGAGCGCAGGUCAUAUACAAGAGGCGAGAGACUUACAUGCUACUUCCCAUUCUUGCGGACUGUCAGGCGUCUCAUCGGGGACAGCUCAGGAAUGAGGGAUCCGGGAUGUCACUGGUCAAUGAUCCCCCGAAGGCAUCAAUCUCGCCAGCGCAUUUUGGUAGCGACUUCGAACCUGUUGAGCCCCAGCAAAAGCAAGAGCAUUCAAGCCCACCUCCUCGAAGUUCAACUCUACUUCAACAAACAGCUGCCGAGUAUUCUUUAGAAACCUCAAAACAAAAUUUUACGGCGCCGUCAAUUCCUUUGAAACGAGAGCGAUCGGUAUUUUCAGAAGAUCUGGCAUAUCGUCAUACUACCCAAAAAGUUGCGCCCGGUGGUGAGGUAGAACCUGAUCCCGUUCCUACAGCUCUAAGCCCUACAGUGCCUACCCGCGAACACGCCAAAGAUGUUCUAGACUUCGUGUUCCAUAUUGGCCUCCACAAUCGCCAUGUCCAGAUACUCAGUAAGCACGGCUUGUAUGAUAAAAAGGAUUUCGAGUUUGUUCGCUUUGCGUCUCGGGAAAUGCAAGACAGCUUGCAAUCAAAACCUUUGGCCGAUGGCUUUACCACCAUAGACUACAUGAGACUCCAUGAUGGACUCAGAAGGGCAUUUAAAGAGUGA